UUUUCGCCUAUCUCUAUCGAGGUGGCAGCACUUAUUUGUAGUCGUAAGCUUUCUCCCUUUGCUUUCUCCCGCCCUCUUGGAGCUAGAAAGAUUGAAAAUAAAGUUUGACGUUUAGUUGAUUCGCAUUUAAAAAAGAAGCAACUUAUUACCUUCAUCAUUAAUGAUAACCAGAGUCAACCAUCACUCACCAGCAAAUCACCAACAAAGGAUUGCCAAAAAAUAUCAUUCGAAUUGGUUAAUAUUGAGGGGCUAACUAGUGGACGUACCGGCUUUCUUGUGCUUGCAGAGAAUAGAGUUCACUGGUAGUAGUAGAGUUUAAUUUGAAUGUGAGGAAGAUAUAGAAAAAACUUGACAUUAUGCGAGCCAUCCAAAACCUUGCUCGUUUAAUAAAAUCUGGUAAAUCUGUGUACAUACAAAGAUCGAAUUCGCAGAAUACAGGCACUUUGAUUAAUAAGUUGUUGAUCAGCCGACGUCCCUUGUUCAGCGUAACCUCUCGAUCGUUGAGUAAAUCUCUCGACGAUUCAGAGUUAGUUUGUAAUGUGGGGACAAUAGGUCACGUAGAUCAUGGAAAAACCACUUUAACAGCUGCUAUAACAAAGGUUUUAUCAACUGAGACGGGUAACUGCAAAUACGUAUCUUAUGAUGAAAUUGACAAAGCUCCCGAAGAAAAAGCUCGGGGUAUAACGAUUAACAUUGCCCAUGUCGGGUACCGAACUAAAGCUAGACGAUAUGCCCACACGGACUGCCCUGGUCAUGCUGAUUUCAUUAAAAACAUGAUCAGCGGUGCUUCUCAAAUGGAUGGAGCGAUAUUAGUCGUCGCUGCUACCGACGGAACUAUGCCCCAGACCAGGGAGCAUUUGCUUCUUGCAAAGCAAGUUGGCAUCAAACAUGUAGUCAUUUACUUGAACAAGGCAGACGUUGCAGACCUAGAAAUGUUAGAGUUGGUAGAAAUUGAAGUCAGAGAGUUACUGACUAAUUUUGGAUAUGAUGGAAUAAAUACUCCUGUGAUUCAUGGCUCUGCGUUACUAGCCUUGAAUGGGGAUACUUCAAAUUUUGGUGUACCAUCCAUCAGGAAGCUACUCGCCGCUUUGGACGAAUAUAUCCCAACUCCACAAAGAGAUUAUGAUUCACCAUUUAUUUUGCCGAUAGAUAGUGCCUUCACUGUACCUGGAAGGGGAACAGUGGUUGUGGGUACCCUGAAGCAAGGAACAUUAAAGAAAAAUGCUACAUGUGAACUGCUGGGUUUUGAUGAUCAAAUAUCAACAACGGUGACAGACAUACAGAUUUUCAAACGCAGUGUUCCCGAAGCAAAGGCUGGAGAAAAUCUUGGUGCUUUACUUCGGGGAGUUAAACUUUCUCGGGUAAGAACAGGAAUGCUGUUGUGUGCAUCUAAAACGAUGACCACUACAAAUCAAUUUGAGGCACAAAUUUAUUUAUUAACCAAAGCAGAAGGAGGUCGAUCAAAACCUAUGCAGAUCUCAGGAUACAUUCAACCAUUAUACAGUUCUACCUGGCAAAUAACAUGCCGACUGGAUCUCAUGCUACCACCGGAAUCGGUAAUGCUGAUGCCUGGAGAACAUGCUCAGACCCGAGUGACCCUCAUGAAACCGAUGCCACUGCUGGAGGGACAGACGUUUACCAUCAGAGAGAACAAAGAACAGACCGUUGUGACUGGAGUUCUGACCAAAAAACUUCCAAGUAUUUCUAUACCCUCUUUUAAACUCAGUAAAGUCAAGAUUUCCGACUAACUGACUAACAGAAAAAACAUCAUGAUACUGUGUAGACUAUCGGUUGAUUACAUUCAACCAGAAAUAACAGAUGAACCGUUAUAUCUAAACGAACUUUACUCGACUAUUUACAGUCGCGACAUUAUAACCCAUUCAUUGAAAUCACAUUGUCGGCAUCCUGAAUCGUAGAACGAUUGUAUAUUUGUUUACUCAUAGAUAUGUGGGUCAGGUCACAAAACUAGUAUGAAUAAAUCUUUGUUAAGUUUAAUUAGAGAUUUGAUUGAUACUCCUUUGGAUAGACGUGGAUUAGAACAUUGUGGUGAAUUGAAAUAAAUCCGAAGUAUCCGUUUGUAC